AUGGCUCUUCCUAUCCCAACAAACUUGCCUCGACAAGAGGAUGUAAUCUCUAAAAUAUUGGCUAAGCUGGAUGGAGCUACUUACGAAUCCUUAAAUGCGUCCAUCGUUGUAUCUUGGCGUGUCGAAUUGGAUGAAGCCAUACGCUUGAACGAGAAACAACUUCACGACCGCAUUCACGGAGACGCUGUUGAAUUUGAGCAGCAGCUAACCUCUGCGAAAGAAAUACAGGUGGGGUUGCAGUCACUGUCUGAGAAUAUUGACAGCUUGGACAAGUCAGUUUCGGACCCCGAGUCUGGGAUAAUUCCUGUCCUUAUUCGGAAUUUGACCGCACACCAAACCUUGGCACAAGAGUCCCUGAAUGCAGAUACCCUUUACCGCUCGCUGUUGCACCUCUCUGACUGCAGAACGGAAUUACUGUCACUACAGUCUUUGGUUGAUGAAGGGAAUCUACCUCGUGCUGCUAAAUCCUGCGAAGCCUUACAACACCUUUUGGACACCGCACCAUCACCCUUAGACAAGGCCAAAAUAUUCCAAGUGAUAAAGUUUGUCAUCCGCCCUUCGAUACAUGCGCCUCAAUCGAACAUAUCUUAUAGCCUCUCUGAUGUCUUUGCAUCAUUGUCAGCGAACUCCGCCAUAUCUCAUCUCACAACAUUGCGACGCGACGUACUUGCACAUUACAUUGAUUACACACUCAGUCAGCCUACAUCAGUGACAGUAAAGACGGAAAUUGAGUUUACGGGGACAUCCUUCCACAAGCUUUCCCAUGUUCCUUCUCCACCAAAUACUGAAAACCUAUUGACGCGUCUGGAUAACCUUGCAGCUGUCCUUGACUUUUUGAAGCAAUACUUGCUACCUUCUUUACCAAUCUCUCAGAAGGAAAGCUUCCCGAAGUCCCUAUGCAAACCCAUGGGGAGUGCCAUAUUAACCCAUUUACUGGAACCAUCUUUGCCAUCCUCUUUGCAUCUUCUUCCUCCAUUUUUGAAUCUUACCAAGAAAGCCGUGAGGUUCGAAGAAGAUCACAUCGUCGGUGUGCUAGGUGGUGCCAGCAACAAUAGAGACAUCAAGUCUUGGGUAGAUGGCGUUAGCGGACAUUAUGAGAGGCAGCGACGACUCAGUAUUUUGGAGGCUGCCCGUACUAUCAUUGUUGAAAUCGAUGAAACAUCGUCGACGUUUCAUGCUGAAACGAUAUCUGCUCAAGAAGUAAACGAUGAAAUCUCCCAGAUACCCGCUACUAGUGAUACCGAGGGUGGCGACGCGUGGAACCUCGACGAUGAUAAAAAAUCUACAGGCAACGCUUCAUCAAUACAAGACGAAAGUGGAUGGAGUUUUGAAGACGACGUGAUAGGAGUUGAGCCCGAGUCUACUGAUGGAUCUAAUGUGCCCCCACCACAGUCGACCAAGGUGCAAUCCACUGAUGACGUAGAUCCUGGAGAUGCCUGGGGUUGGAAUGAUGACGAGGAACCUUUGGUUGACGACGAGAAUGCAGAAGAGACUGUCUGGGAUGAUCCUUGGUCUGAUGCACCCAGUGAAAUAUCUGUACCCGCACGUCCACCCGCCGCUCCUUCAAUAACGUCGGUACCCACAGAAACUGUUACACGCCCUGAUAAUUUUGCAGCAAUGAACAGCCAUAGCAGUUCGGCGGCAUCGGGCUUAGAAGUGCGACAAGCGGUAGAUUCUCGACACACUCGAUCGGGAUCGCGAUCAGCCAUCAAAGAGGUGUAUCUUGUCUCAAGUCGUACUAGAAGCAUCAUCCGGAUUGUCGAAAAUGCUCUGCAAGAGGGCAAAGAGCUCAUUUCCUCAGGGAUAUUCUCUUACUCUCCAACGUCUACUUCGUUGCCUGGUACCCUUAUUCUCCAGUCCGCCAUUCAAGUGUUGAAUCUGUUCCGGGCCUUAUAUACUGUCACAUUUUCCCCUCGGCUGGCUCAAUCGGAACAGUCAAUGUUGUUUUCUAAUGAUUGUUUCUACCUGAGCGAGGAGAUCGCUAGAAUAGCAACGUAUGAACGAGGUCUCCUUACCGUUAAGGAAGAAUUGGUGGAGUGCAGAGACACUAUGAAACUCCUAUCUGAUAGUUGGUUUCAUGACAGCAUUGACCAAUGCAAGCGUUCUAUCGAAGUGAUCUUGUCGAAAGCAGAAGGUUUCACGGAGACUGCGGAUCAGGAUAGGUUUGACGAAUGUGAGGGUGCCAUUACGCAACCCGUUCUAGCUAAAAGCAAGUUUUAUAUGGCCCUUGGUUAUGCUGUGGAAUCCGCUUUGUCGAAUAUUUUGGAUGAUAUACUCGCUCUUCCUGAUAUCCCCGAAGUAGAGUCGCACAGGCUUAGCGAAUUGUGUAAGAUCUUGAAUUCUUUGGAAGGGCUUUUCGUUGAGGAUACCAGUCUGUCAUCGUUCGUUGUCUCGUAUGUCUCGUCGUGGUUGAAGUUUUCGUAUCUUUCUGAGUUGCUGGAGGCGUCUAUGGCUGACAUUACAUAUCUAUUCGAGGAAGGGGCGUUGGUGGACUUUGAGGUCGACGAACUAGUAAAACUUGUCCGAGCUUUGUUUGCGGACACUCCACUACGAACUACUACUGUGAAUAAGAUCUUAGGCGGGCAUCCUGUCCGUCAGUGA